AUGGACCGACAUCCAAACGUGAAGCUGUUCAUAACUCAAGGGGGGUUGCAAUCUACAGAUGAAGCAAUUACCGCGGGAGUUCCCCUCAUUGGUAUACCGAUGUUGGGGGAUCAAUGGUACAACGUUGAGAAAUACGUUCAUCAUGGAAUCGGAGUCAGACUAGACAUAGAGAAUCUUACGGAAGAACUAUUAAAGAAUGCCAUAAUCGAAGUAGCUGAAGAUGAAAGG